CUACACCGGCUUCACUCCUCUCACUCAUCGUCCCUCUCUCCGUGUUUCGGCAGAGGGGCUGCACGCGCGAUUGCGCUAUUGAUAGCCACUUUACACGGUUUCUGUGGAAAGUCAGUCUCUCUCUCUCUCUCUCUCUGUCUCUCUCUCUCUCUCCCUCCCUCCUCCUCCUUCUCCUCUCUGGCUGCGCCUUUGGUAACCUAACAGGGAGGUGUUAACUACUUUUGCUUCCCGUUAUCUCCGGUGCCGCUGCGCAGGAGCCAGAGGGGCCACUCACUCACUCAUAUUCCCACUCCGCACAAAAGUUUUCGGUUUGUUUGUGAGGAUAAAAAAAAAAGGAAUCCGGAAACCGGAGGAGUCGUCUACAGAAGGAGCGGAUUCUUCCACGGCGAUUUUGGAGACCACAUGAAGAUGAGGAACCAGCUUUGAUGUCCACCCUCCCCGGACUCCUCUGCUUCUGCAACACUUCCAACAAACUCUUCAACAAGGGAGGCCUUUAUCUCUUCUCCCCCUGGAGGAAAAACCUCAACUUGAAAGUUAAUUGUAUUUAUCAAUAGAAUCUGGUCCGAAGUGUGACGUCUUUAAAGGACUGGACAAACCCAGUGGCUCCUACCUGGCUUGGAAUGAUUUGGAGUGAAUUUGACUGGAGACAGAUUAACUCUCUUUAGUUCCACUGAAGAGAAUGAACUGAAUACAAGUUAAGCUGAAGUGACAUUGACGGACACUCCGUAAUUUCCUCAAGAAUACUCUUGUUUCCUAUGAAAGGCUCUUUUCUGAGCCCCUUUCUCAAAAAACCCAAAUACUGAACUCUCAAACCAGAUUCCCUCACUUCCUCUGACCCUUUCCAAAGGUCUUGGACAUUGUCUCCAAUUUCACUCAGGAGGAAUCAUCUCCUCCCAAAUCUCUUACCACGUCCUUCUUUUGUGCAGACAUGGACCUUCACAGGGCAGCCUUCAAAAUGGAGAGCUCCUCCUACUUACCCAAUCCCUUGGCCUCACCAGCCCUAAUGGUGCUGGCCUCCACAGCUGAAGCCUCCCGCGACGCUUCUAUUCCCUGCCAGCAGCCGCGUCCUUUUGGCGUUCCAGUUUCUGUAGAAAAAGACGUCCAUUUGCCAUUUAACAAUGGUUCUUACACGUUUGCGUCGAUGUACCACCGUCAAGGUGCAGUGCCGCCAGGAUUCCCCAACAGAGACUUCCCUCCAUCUCUCCUCCAUCUCCACCAUCAGUUUGCCCCACCCAACCUGGACUGCUCACCAAUCAGCAUGCUGAAUCACAGCGGUGUUGGCGCCUUCAGACCUUUUGCCUCGCCCCCGGACGAUCGCGAUGGUGUACCGGGCGGGUAUCAGUCUGCUUUCACCCCAGCCAAGCGCCUCAAAGGCUGCUUGGAUCCAGAUGCUUCACCUCAUCUGCGGUAUUCUGAUGCAGAGGGAAAAGAGUACGACUUUGGGGGUGGUCAGAUUCCUCCAGGAAGUUCACCCAGCAGCGCACUGAAGGCGGUGGAGGACAGCGGGAAAAAGAUCUUCGCCGUGUCAGGCCUCCUGUCUGACAGAGAGACGUCCUCCAGCCCAGAGGAUCGCAUUGAACGCUGUAAAAAGAAGAGUCUGUACGACAGCCAGGCUCCCAUCUGUCCCAUCUGCCAGGUGCUGCUCCGGCCCGGAGAGCUGCAGGAACACAUGGAGACGGAGAUUGAGCGGCUAACAGCCAUGUGCCUCAGUAAGAAUCCUUUAUCCAAGGAUGGAGCAGCCACUCCAGGAACUCCUAAGUCGAUGCUGUUGUCGGUGCACAUCAAGCGUGAGGGAGAGUCUCCCGUGGUCUCGCCUCUGUCCUCUGAAGACGCCCACCACUCGGACAGAUACCAGACAUUUUUACGAGUUCGGGCAAACAGGCAAACAAGAUUGAAUGCCCGUAUAGGGAAGAUGAAGAGGAGGAAGCCUGAGGAAGGGGGCCAGGUAUGUCCGCUGUGCAGCGCCCCAUUGACUGGGAGUGAGGAGGAGAUGAGUAGACAUGUGGAGCUAUGCCUGAUCCAGCGUGAGGGUGCCUUAGGCGACGAUGACUCUGCAGACAUGGAUGGAGAGAACGGACGGGGCUUUGAGGAGUAUGAGUGGGCGGGGCAGAAGAGGAUCAGAGCUACAGCUUUGCUGGAAGGAGGAUUCAGAGGAACAGGUUUUGCCACGUGCAAUAUGAAGGAAAGCAUGGUGGACAGCGAUGCCGACCUCGACGUGGAUGGAGACGACACCUUGGAGUACGGCAAAGCCCAGUACACCGAGGCCGACAUCAUCCCCUGCUCUGGAGCCGGAGAGGACCAAGGAGAGGCCAGAGAGAGGGAGGCGCUACGGGGAGCUGUGCUCAAUGGUGGGAUGCCUUCUAACAGAAUAACACCCGAGUUCUCUAAAUGGGCCAGUGACGAAAUGCCUUCAACAAGCAACGGAGAGAGCAGCAAGACGGACCCCAGCACUCCUUCAUCCUCCUCCUCCUCCUCCUCCUGUGCCCCGCGCACCUGUAAAAACAGUGAGAUUGAAAAGGUAACGGAGGAAGAGUCCACAGCCACCACCAUGGAGGCUCUGAAGGCUCGAAUCAGAGAGCUGGAGAAGCAAAUACAGAGAGGAGACCGAUACAAGUGUCUCAUCUGCAUGAGGAAGCCUGCUUUCCAGACAGGCGUGGAGAUCAAGAGCCUAGGGGCGUGGCCAGGGCCCCGGCCACUGGCCAGUGAGGUCGGAGAGAGGCAGCCUAAGUCCCUCCCCCUCGGCCUGUACUGUCUGUACAGGGGCCUUGUGAUUGGUGGCUACGGCAGCGGCACAAAGAGGCUCCUCCCACAGCCUCUACGGAGGGACUCCUACACGAUGCCACUCACCUCCAUCCAGUGCUGGCAUGUCCAUUGUGAAGAAUGCUGGCUCAGGACUUUGGGUAACAAGAAGCUGUGUCCACAGUGCAACACCAUCACCUCUCCUGGAGACCUGAGGCGCGUCUACUUGUAAGGAGCACCACUGCCUCCCCUGCGCCUCCUCUCCCUUCCAGCCCCUUCCUCCAUUUUGGAUUUCAUCGCCCACUGAAAACUCCCAUCUAUUUUCCUACUCUCUUGUGGUCCGGAUUGGAACUAAAAUCCCCUCAGAGAGUGAACAGAGACAGGACAGUUCUCUCUGAGACUCUGCUGAAUCUUUGAGGAGGUUGAAAACUGCCCGUCUGGCUACUCAUUACAAAAAAACGGUAAAACUGGUCUCACUGGUCAGUAGGCUCUCGUUUCCUCCUCCUCACUGACAUGACUCCCUCCACAUGUAACUUGGGGCAGUGUCCACUGAAGGACUGUGAAAGACAAUGGAGACACCCAACACCUGACUCUGCCCCGUUGAGACACGGUAGCUUCAUGUUGCUGGAGCUGGACCUUGAAGGAACUUCUUGAUACAGAAUAUAUAGACUUGUUUCCCCCUCCCCAGCUCGUCUUCAACAUUUAAGUGGCGCAUAACAACGGACUCUACUGCAACGUCUCGAGAGAAAGCCUCUUUUUUUUUUUCUUUUUCGUUUCCCUAUUCCAGAGAAAACCAGACCUUCCUGCACCCGUUAAGAGAAUAUUAAAAAGGGCCACUAAAACUGAGCUUUCAACCAAACUGAAAAUAACCUCACAAGCCUGAAAAAAAGAGUUUGGCACUCUUUGUUCUUCUUCCACCUCUUCUUCUCCUCCCCUCUUCCCCUUUUGUGGUGUUCUAGUGAAGUAAACCAAAAUCCUCCAAGAUGCAGCGCAAGCACAUGUAAUAUAGUUCUAUGUAUGUUUACAAUGUUGGGUGUAAAUGACAUAGAGUUCACUCACACACACACACACACACACACUAACACACACACAGAUGCAAAAACAGGCUCAUGUUGUCAUCAGACACACACUGAAGUAUAUAAUAUCAAAGUCCUGUUUUUCGUUGGAAGGGUUUGGGAAUGAUGUUUUUUUGGGG